CCCCAGCGUGCUUACGCUCCGUGCGCCUAGAGGUCACCCGCGCCGGUGUUUCCCCACGUGUGUCGUGAACCUGCCUGCGGGCAUCAAGUUAUGAAGAGAUGGGGGCUUGGGUGACCCGCGCGAUCAGGAAUUUCAACCUGGAGAACCGAGCAGAACGGGAAAUCAGCAAGCUGAAGCCCUCUACGGCUCCCAGGCACCCUUCCGCUAAGAGCCUCCUGCGAGAGCAGAUGAGCUGUGAGUGGUACGACUCAGAAAUUAAGGGAGAAAUUGCUAGAAAAGAUGACAGGCUGCUGUCGUUACUGAAAGAAGUGUAUGUUGAUUCCACAGAUCCCGUUUCUUCCCUGCGGGUGAAAACUGCUGAAACACAGCAAGAAUCAAAGGAGUUCAGAUUGCCAAAAGGCCAUCACUUUGAUACAUUGAAUGUUAAGAACAUUCCCAAAGGCAAAAUAUCUGUUGUAGAAGCAUUAACACUUCUGAAUAAUCAUAAACUUCAUCCAGAAACAUGGACUGCUGAGAAAAUAGCUCAAGAAUACCAGUUAGAACUGAAAGAUGUAAAUUCCCUUCUCAAGUAUUUUGUUACUUUUGAAGUCAGAACUUUCCCUCCUAAAGACAAGAAAGCAAUACAAUCAAAAUGAAGAAAGUCAUGAAAUUAAUUUUCCUAUGUGUACUUCCCAUUCUCAGGUCCUGUUUAUUUCCUCAUUUUUAGCAUAUAAAAUUAUAUAAAUUACUGAGUAUUUAAUGCUCCCUGCUUUGAGAGCAUACUAUUUAUUGAUCUUGCCUUUCCAGAUUGGUUAUAGAAUUUAUUUUAUUUUUUUUUAAAUUAAUUUGGUUUAGGCAUAGUUCCCAUGUGUGUAUGUCAGCAUGACUAAUCAGCACAUCUAUACUUUACUGUAAAUGAAAAAGAUACUGUGUUAUUUUAGGCACAUGAUAUCAGCUUUUAAAUUGGUCUUUUGACCUGAAUCCCACAUUUAAAAUUAAGAAGUUUCACCUUCUAAUUUAAGUGGUUAGUUCGUUCUGUAAGGGAUAUUAGAAGUAAGAGGCUUCUUGACUCCUCUAAGACUGACAUUUUCUUGUUAGGGAAAGAGAGUAGAAUAAUUGUAUUUCCCAAAUAAAGACAGGCAGGAGACUGGGUAUGAAAUCAGUGAAAAAUAUAUUUUUAUUACUACUCUGGUGAAUAAGAAUUGACAAGGAUUUCUUUUUUUUUUUUUUUUUGAAGCAGUUAUAAGUCUUCAAAGUUAUAAGAAAUAAUUAGUGAUGUUUAUAAAAUGUUAGCAAUCUGCUUUAGGUAGAAAUAGGUACUGUUAAGCAAAUGUGUAACCAUUUCUCUCAAUGAAUCUGCAAAAGGAAUUUAUUGAUUGGAAGGUAAAUGUUGAUACUCAGCCAAAACCUGAGCCAAGUUUUGUUCUAUUAAAAAGUCAUGCAAAAGAAAAAAAAAAAGAAAGAAAGAAAUAGUUAAGGCCAGAAGCUGUCAGAGGGUCAGGCAGCUUUGGGAACUAUUGCAGAAAAAACCAAACUUUUCUCUUGAUUUAAUUUAGAAAUACAAGAAACUUUUAAACAGUUAAAUCAAAGAAUCAGGGUAAGGGCAAUUUGGUGAUCAAAUUUUAUAUAUAUUCCAGCUUUAAGGCUCCUUGAAAGAAGAAAGAAAAAUAGCAAGUGGAAGCAUAAAAUGUGAUCACUGAAAGGGAGCUGGGAAAUUGCUGCCUCAUUAAUGUAAUAAACUGAAGAGAACAGCAAAUGUCUGUACUAGGAUAUGAAGUGAGAUUUUGUAACUUUAGCUAAGCCUAAUAGAUUAUCACCUGUAAGAGCUUGGGUAGAUUGUAUAACCUCUUGAGAUUGAAUUUCUACUAUAAAAUGAGUAUAAUGCUGCCUUAAAUCUCAGGCUUACUGUGAAGAUGAAUGAAAUAGUAAAGGACUACAAAGGACCAAGCAAAUAGGAAUUAUUUUUUUUUUCAGUUGAGAACAUACAUGACAUAGAUAUUUGUAGUUUAUGACAGCAGACUCGGAAUUUAGGUUUUCAAAAUCAUAGUGUAUUUUUUCCUGUUAGGCUAAAAGUUUAUUUCAAAAAGGGCAGUAGGUGGGCAUAGUGGGAACUGGUUUGUCAGUGUGCAUCCAAGGAAGGAAGGCAUCAGUACUUCCCAAAGAUUCCCAUGGAAAUGGUAUGGAAGAUACUGAGGAAUUCAGCAUGAUGAGAGAAUGAGACAUCUGUAGUAAUGCUGAAACAGAACAUGGGCAGAGAUAGGCAACUUGUAAACUUGUUUCCAAAUGCUAUACCAUGUGAAUAAACUAUACCUAUAUUAUUUUGUUCAACGUGGUGGUUUUAAAGAAGAUAUGAAAGAAUUCUAAUCAAUAAAAAUUAUUUAUUUUAAAACUCCUUUUAAUCAGUCAAAAUUAUUUUCUUUUCUGUAAAGAUCAACACUUGAAUCACUGGUGUUGCUAUUUUUUGAGCCAUCUUUUGUGUUCAAAACUGUAUUGCGUGGUUAGGCAUCUGUAAAUAUGGGUUCUCAUAUGGUGUCAUGUGGUAAAAUAAAAGUACUUCCCAUAUCA